UCCCUUUGGUAGCUACAGCGUCAGGAACUAGAGCACAACAUGUUGGAGACCAUAGCCAGGCUGUUCCCCUCAGAGUUAACUUUUUAAUCCCGGUUUUGUCGCGUUAUCACACACAAGAGUAGGAGGCGGAGGAAGUCGGGGAAAGAAAAAGGGCUAAAAAGUCAGUCAUGGUAUGAGGUUAGCGGGGAAGCCGGAGCGUCUACUUGCAACAGAAGCCCGUUGAUAUUUAACUGAGAAGAAGAAAAGAAGAAAGAAGAAAAAGAAGAAGACGACGAAGAAGAAGAAGAAGAAGUAGAAGAAGAAGAAGAAGAGAGGAAAGGGAAAGGGAAGCCCGGAGAAGCAAGAGAAAAGCGGGGUGCAAGAUGCAGCUGGCCGCGGUGCUGUGGGGCUCCUUGAUAACUUUGCUGCUCAGCCAGAGUCCAGGAGUCCAGGGCAGCGCUGAGUGUUCGUGCGGGAGGAACCACUUCACGUGCGCGGUCAGUGCGUUCGGGGAGUGUACCUGCAUCCCGGCCCAGUGGCAGUGUGAUGGAGAUAACGACUGCGGGGACCACAGCGAUGAGGACGGAUGCAGUGAGUUCGCAAUACAUGUUAUCUUCUACUUUCUUUCUUCUCUCUUUGUUUCUGUGUCGCUGGGACUUUACCUUAAAAUUUCCUAUGGAAAUGGCAGCGUUCAGUGUGUUGAAGGCUCCACAGUCGGAGGAGGAAAACUGAAGUGGAAAGCUGCAAAAGUGGAGCACGUCCUGAUUCUCAUGAUUCACACGUUCAUCGAGCUCCAGAUGUCCAUCUUGGAGGCUGUGUCUGUUGCAAAACAAUGUGAGACUUCCCAUCAGCCCUGCAGAUCAGUUGAAUUCAUGUGCAGCAGCGGGAUGUGCAUCAACGCUGGCUGGAGGUGUGACGGCGAAUACGACUGUGACGACCAAUCAGACGAGAAGAACUGCACCACGUCCAUGUGCACGGCUGACCAGUUUCGCUGUGGAACUGGCCGCUGCGUCCGGUUGUCAUGGAGAUGUGAUGGCGAGCCUGACUGCUCCGACCGCAGUGAUGAAGAGGGCUGUGAGAAAACUGAGAGUCCCCCAUGUGCCCCAGAUCAGUUCCAGUGUGGGAAUGGACGCUGUAUCGGUCAGAGGAAGGUCUGUAAUGAGGUCAACGACUGCGGAGAUGGGACUGACGAACACCCACACCAUGACUGCCGUCCGCGCUCCAGCGAGGGCAACUGUAACCAGAAUAACGGAGGCUGCUCCCAGAAGUGUCAGAUGGUCAGAGGACUGGUCCAGUGCACCUGUCACACUGGAUACCGGCUGAUGGAUGACGGCAAAGCCUGCCAGGAUGUGGACGAGUGUGCUGAAGAAGGCUACUGCAGCCAGGGCUGUACCAACACGGAGGGGGGGUUCCAGUGCUGGUGCGUUCAGGGAUACGAGCUCCGACCUGACAAGCGCAGCUGCAAAGCUCUGGGUCCGGAGCCUGUGCUGCUGUUCGCCAACCGCAUCGACAUCCGUCAGGUAUUGCCACAUCGCUCCGAGUACACCCUGCUGCUCAACAAUCUGGAGAACGCCAUCGCCCUGGACUUCCACCACGCCCUCGAGCAGGUCUUCUGGUCCGACGUGACGCUGGAUCGCAUCAUGAAGGCCAACCUCAACGGCUCCAACGUGGAAGAAGUUGUGUCCACCGGUCUUGAGAGCCCAGGUGGACUGGCUAUAGACUGGAUCCAUGACAAGUUGUACUGGACAGACUCGGGGACGUCCCGUAUCGAGGUGGCCAACCUGGAUGGGACACAUCGCAAGGUGCUGCUGUGGCAGAACAUGGAGAAGCCCCGAGCCAUCGCACUGCACCCUAUAGAGGGUAAGAUCUACUGGACAGACUGGGGCAACACACCUCGCAUCGAGUAUUCCAACAUGGACGGCUCCAACCGGCGAGUCAUCGCAGACACGCACCUGUUCUGGCCCAACGGCCUCACUAUUGACUACGCCGGCCACCGCAUGUACUGGGUGGAUGCAAAGCACCAUGUCAUCGAGAGGGCGGACCUGGACGGACGCAACCGCAAGGCCGUCAUCAGCCAAGGCCUGCCCCACCCCUUUGCCAUCACCGUGUUUGAAGACAGCCUCUACUGGACUGACUGGCACACCAAGAGCAUCAACAGUGCCAAUAAAUUUACCGGCAAGAACCAGGAGAUCAUUCGCAACAAGCUGCACUUCCCCAUGGACAUUCACACCCUGCACCCCCAGAGGCAGCCUGCUGGUGGCAGAAACCGCUGUGGCACCAACAACGGGGGCUGCAGCCACCUGUGUCUCCCCAGCAACAAGACGCACAUCUGCGCUUGUCCUACCGGCUUCAAGAAGGUGGACCACUCCAACUGUGCAAACGGUCUUGACAAGUUCCUGCUUUUUGCCCGAAGGACGGACAUCCGACGAAUCAGCUUCGAUACAGAGGACAUGUCCGAUGAUGUCAUCCCUCUGGCUGAUGUGCGCAAUGCCGUGGCUCUGGACUGGGACGCCAAAGACGGCUACAUCUACUGGACGGACGUCACCACCGACUCCAUCAACAGAGCGCUGUGGAACGGCACCAAGCAGGAGGUGGUGGUGGACACCAGUCUGGAGAGCCCGGCAGGUUUGGCGUUUGACUGGGUGACCAACAAGCUCUACUGGACCGAUGCUGGCACGGAUCGUAUUGAAGUUUCUAACGGCAAUGGGAGCAUGCGGACGGUCCUGAUAUGGGAGAACCUGGACCGGCCCAGGGAUAUUGUCGUCGACCCUAUCGGAGGUUUCAUGUACUGGACGGACUGGGGUGCCAACCCAAAGAUCGAGCGUGCAGGAAUGGACGCCUCCAGUCGAAUCGUCAUUAUCUCAUCUAAUCUGACGUGGCCCAACGGGCUCGCCAUUGACUACCAGACCAAACGCCUGUACUGGGCCGACGCUGGCAUGAAGACGAUUGAGUUUGGCAACUUUGAUGGUUCAGACCGACAGGUUUUGAUUGGCAGCCAGCUGCCUCACCCCUUCGGCCUUACUGUGCACGAGGAUAAGCUGUACUGGACAGACUGGCAGUCCAAGAGCAUCCAGAGCGCUGACAAGCUCACAGGCCUGGGGCGACACACGCUUGCCGAAAACCUGGAGAACCUCAUGGACAUCCACAUGUUCCACCGACACCGAGAGACAGUGCGUAACCCAUGUGCGGUGAAUAAUGGCGGCUGCAGCCACCUCUGUCUCCUGGCUCCUGCUCCCAAAGCCUCCAGCUGUGCCUGUCCAACCGGGAUCAACCUGCAGAUGGACGGAAAGACGUGCACGCCUGGCAUGAGCAGCUUCCUGAUCUUUGCACGACGUACGGACAUCAGGAUGGUUUCUUUGGACAUCCCCUACUUUGCUGAUGUGGUUCUGGCCGUUAAUAGCUCCAUGAAAAACACCAUCGCCAUCGGGGUCGACCCUAAAGAAGGAAAAGUCUAUUGGUCUGACAGCACACUGAAGAAAAUCAGCAGGUCCAACAUCAACGGAAAAGCACAAGAAGACAUCAUAUCGACGGGGUUGGUGACGACGGACGGCCUGGCGGUGGAUGCUGUUGGCAGGAAGAUCUACUGGACGGACACGGGAACAAACCGCAUUGAGGUCGCCAACCUGGACGGCUCCAUGAGGAAAGUUCUUGUCUGGGAAAACCUGGACAGCCCUCGAGCCAUCGCCCUCUACAAUGAGAUGGGUUAUAUGUAUUGGACAGACUGGGGAGAGAAUGCUAAGCUGGAGCGCUCAGCGAUGGAUGGAACAGACCGCAAUGUCCUCAUCAGCAACAACCUGGGCUGGCCCAACGGCCUGGCCAUCGACACGGCCGGCGCGCAGUUACUGUGGGCCGACGCUCACACUGAGCGCAUUGAGGCGGCCGACCUGAACGGGCAGAAUCGCCACACCCUCAUUACUCCAGUCCAGCACCCGUACGGUUUAACCCUGCUGGGUUCCCACAUCUACUGGACCGACUGGCAGAGCCGCAGCAUCCAGCGCGCUGACAAGAACACCGGGACAAACACCAUCACGGUGCAAGCCAACCUGCCGGGCCUGAUGGACAUCCAGGCUGUGGACAGGGAGAGGCCACUGGGUUUUAAUAAGUGUGGCAGGAGGAACGGGGGCUGCACCCACCUGUGCCUGCCUCGUCCCAACGGUACGUCCUGCGCCUGUCCCACCGGCAUCCUGCUCAAGGGAGACGGCAGGUCGUGUGAUGACUCCCCGGAGUCGUACCUGCUCUUCUCCAACCGCGUCAGUGUGCGCAGAAUCUCUCUCGAUACCAGAGACCACACAGACGUGCACGUACCGGUGCCCGAGCUGCACAACGUCAUCUCACUGGAUUACGACAGCGUGGACGCAAAACUUUACUACACCGAUGUCACCCUGGAUGUUAUAAGGCGUGCAAACCUAGACGGCAGUGGCAUGGAGACGGUGAUCAGCCAGGGUCUGAAGACCACAGAUGGGCUGGCUGUAGACUGGGUGUCCAGGAACAUGUACUGGACCGACACCGGGCGCAACACCAUCGAGGUGGCCCGCCUGGAUGGAACGAGCCGCAAAGUCCUAGUCAACAACAGUUUGGAUGAACCCCGAGCCAUCGCAGUGUUCCCCAGCAAAGGGUUCCUGUUCUGGACUGACUGGGGUCACAUUGCAAAGAUUGAGCGAUCUCAUCUGGACGGCUCGGACCGAAAGGUUCUGAUCAACACCGACCUCGGCUGGCCCAACGGUCUCACUCUAGACUACGACACCCGAAGGAUCUUCUGGGUGGACGCGCACUUGGACAGGAUCGAGAGUUCGGACCUGAACGGGAAACUGCGCCAGGUCCUCGUAAGCCCGGUGUCCCACCCGUUUGCCCUCACACAGUUGAAGCCGGUGUCCUCCCCUCUAACUCCUUUCUCCCGACUCUCGCAGCAAGACCGCUGGAUCUACUGGACGGACUGGCAGACUAAGUCCAUCCAGCGGGUGGACAAACACACCGGCCGUAACAAGGAAACCGUGCUGCCCAAUGUGGAGGGCCUCAUGGACAUUAUAGUGGUAUCACCUCACAGGCAGACAGGUACCAAUCCCUGUGGGGUAAAUAAUGGCGGCUGCACUCACCUCUGCUUCGCCAAGACCAACAGUUUUGUGUGCGCCUGCCCCGAUGAGCCAGAUGUGCGACCCUGCUCCACCAUUUCAGGUUACGUCCCCACCGCUCCUGCCAGAGGAACCAGCAGCACUCCGGUCCCCAACAAGAUCCCCAAAUCUCCAACAGACGCUCCACGUGGAGGACCCUCACCGGUCAACUGCACUGGCAAGAACUUGAACGUAGAAGGCUGCUUGAGCAACGUGGUGACGGCUCCUCACGGAGAAGGACUUCACAUCAGCUAUGUGAUUGGUGGAGUUCUGACCAUCCUGGCUAUUCUGAUCCUCAUCGCUGCUUUGAUUAUUUACAGACAUAAAAAGUCGAAGUUCGCUGACCCGGGAGUGAGCAACCUGACCUACAGUAAUCCCUCGUAUCGGACGUCCACACAAGAGGUCAAGAUUGAGGCGUCGCAAAAGCCUCCAAUAUACAACCAGCUUCGAUAUAAGAAAGAGGGGGGAGUGGACGGAGGCUACACCAAGGAGAAGAUCCGCAUUGUGGAGGGCGUGUGUCUCCUGUCCAAUGAGGAGCUUUACUGGGACGACCUAAAACAGAUCAAGCCGUCCCGAGGCGGCCUGCACACCUGCAUGCGUACAGACACCGUGUCCCUGCAGGCCAGCAGCGCUUCGCUAGAUGACGGCGAAACGGAGCAGCUCCUCCAGGAGGAAGCGUCAGAAUGCUCCUCCAUAACCACUCUGACCCCUUCAGCCAUCACCCCACAGCGCCACGCCCAGCACAGCCUGCCCGACACCGGCUGGGUCUCCACGCGCAAGCCCUCCACCGAGAGCGAAGUGUGAGGGAGGCCCACUGCCCUCCAUGCUUUAUCUCAACCUCCAUUACCUAAUACACACACACACACACACACACACACACACACACACACACCUGUAUUUAUAGCUGGUACAAACACACAAAGAUAAAUAGGUACAAACACAGUAACAGUUGCAUACGUAGAGUAACGGUACAAAUGAACCUGGUUACACACAACUAAGCUUCCAUAAACACAACUCCUGUCUCUGAAACUGGGGCUCCGUCCUACUUGUGCACACACACAUACACUCACACACACACACACACACAUAUGCAGUGCGGCUCCUCCAACAGUACCCUCAGUGCUACUGCCUUUAGGCAAAAUGAUAAACUAAUGAGCAUGCUGGAAUAAGAAAGCAACUGGGGAGGAAGUGAACAGAGAGACACGAGCGUUACCUGGAGCCUCUUUAAAGGAUGCAGCCUGUCAAUGCGACAAACGCUUCUCUGUGUACAACUUCGCCUUUAUUUUCCGUGAACUUUUUUUUGUUUUUUUGGGAUAAAGCUCGAACGACAUACUCCCCCGGACGAUGUAACCGUGAUGCUCUCUCUAAUGCCACUCAUGUCUUUAUGAACUCUAUUUAUGAACGUUUUUUUUGUACUUGUGGAGUGGGUUUGCUGACUUUCAGAAAAUGCAGAGAGUGUUGUGUUAGAACCCAGGUAUUCAAGAGUUGUAUUUAUGUCAGUGCCAAAGGGUGGGGCUUCACAGAGUCUCCAUGCUUCUUUCAGCAUUUACACUUCAAUUGAAAUGUAUCUUAAUUACGGGAUGUUUGUUUCGUUUGACUUUACUGGCUGGCCCUCACCGGUGGGAGACCUCAGUAAUGACACCCCCGACAGGUCAAGCAAGGACACAGUGUAGCUGGUACUCCCAGUCGGCUGCAGAAGUCCAUUCGUCCUUUGCAGAAUUAACCCGAAAGGAGCCUUUAAAAAAAAUAAAAAUAAAAAAAGUUUAAAGUUGUAAUUCAACCAUUGCUGAUCCACGAUGAAGUAACAGCCUAAGUGCCAAACAUUUCGUUUUUUCCCCUCCUUCAGCUGUAUAAAUAUAUAUAAUAGGUUUAAUAGAUUUUAAAAUGUUCAUGACAUUCUUUAUACUUGGAUUUGGUGACACAAAUCACUAAAAGAAACAUAUUUUCUCACCACUAGGGCUAUUCAGUCAUGCAGAUAGUUGUGGUUUUCUUUACCCAGGUGUUAGUCUCUGGGAGUGUUUAUUUCAUUGGUCUUUCUAUAAAAACAAAUUGGAACAUGUCCCUUGGGUUUACUAUCCAGAUAAAUGAUUAUCUACAGCACUUACUCGUAGAAUUUGAAACUUUGAUUGACACAAGUUCAACAACACAUUUUAGCGCUAAAUAAAAACAAACCGCUCCCUUACAGUUUUGUAUGUGUAUUGUGCAUUGUCAUCACCAAUGUCCCCUUAUCCUUGCUAUCUACACACAUUCUCUACUCAUGUCAUAUCUCCAACUUUUAAACUGUUAUCAGCUGCCUAUAAAACAAUUAUAUGUGCCAUUCUGCCCUCCAUAUCAUCCUCAUACCUCCCUCUUUGACCCACAGCGGUUUUAGGCUUGUGUGAAAUUGAGUGUUUUUUUAAAGAC